AAUUAUGGGCAGUCGCCGUAGCACGAUAAGGAGGCGUUAAAGGCACAGUAACUGAUGGCUGUGCUGAGGAAGUUCACGGUUUUUGUUUAGCGUUUGGUAGAUUUACCGUUCUGAACCUACUGUUCCCUCUGUUUUUAAGACAGCCAACGUUACCGGAGAACGAACUCCCGGGAUAGAGCAAAGAUGAGCAGACUCCCGCUGUCCCGAUCGGAGGUCUUUGGGCAGCUGAGGAAAGAGCUGCAUGAAGACAAAGAGUUCCACCAGUCGGACGUCCACGUCUUUGUCAUCAUGGGUGCUUCGGGGGACUUAGCCAAAAAGAAGAUCUACCCAACAUUAUGGUGGUUGUUCCGAGACGGGCUCCUCCCCGAGCAGACCUACUUCGUGGGCUACGCUCGCUCAGCCCUGACUAUCGAAGGCAUCCGGACUGCGUGUCUGCCUUAUUUGAAGGUGGCGGAUAGCGAGGCGGAGCGCCUCUCCGUGUUUUUCAGCAGGAACACCUACCUCAGUGGGUCUUACAGUGAGGGGGACUCCUUUUCCCGCCUGCACUCCCACAUCCUCUCCCUGCCCGGCGGCAACACGGCCAACCGGCUGUUCUACCUGGCACUGCCCCCUAGCGUGUACCACGACAUCACCAGUAACAUCAGGAACCACUGCAUGAGUGCAAAGGGUUGGAACCGAGUGAUCGUGGAGAAGCCCUUCGGUCGGGACCUCCAGAGUUCAGAGGAGCUGUCUGCCCACCUGUCUGCCCUCUUCACUGAGGACCAGAUCUACCGUAUCGACCAUUAUCUGGGCAAGGAGAUGGUACAGAACCUCAUGGUGCUCAGGUUCGGGAACCGGAUUUUCGGCCCCAUCUGGAACCGGGACAGCGUUGCGUGUGUGGUGCUGACCUUCAAGGAGCCCUUUGGCACGCAGGGCCGGGGGGGGUACUUUGACGACUUUGGGAUCAUUCGAGACGUGAUGCAGAACCACCUCCUCCAGAUGCUGUCCCUUGUUGCCAUGGAGAAGCCGGCCUCCACCAGCUCCGACGACGUGAGGAACGAGAAGGUGAAGGUGCUGAAGUGCAUCGCUCCCGUCUCUCUGUCCGACGUGGUGCUGGGUCAGUAUGUGGGCAACCCCCAAGGGGAGGGCGAUGCCAAGCUGGCCUACCUUGACGACCCCACGGUCCCCAAAGAAUCCCGCACUGCCACCUUCGCCACCGCCGUGCUGUACGUUCACAAUGAGCGAUGGGAGGGGGUCCCGUUCGUCCUGCGGUGCGGCAAGGCCCUGAAUGAACGCAAGGCUGAGGUGAGGCUCCAGUUCACCGAUGUGCCGGGCGACAUUUUCGCCGGACACUGCCGGCGGAACGAGCUGGUGGUACGGGUGCAGCCCGACGAGGCUGUCUAUGCCAAAAUGAUGAGCAAGAAGCCUGGAAUGUACUUCAGCCCGGAGGAGACCGAGCUGGACCUCACGUACCGCAGCCGCUACCGGGAUGUGAAGCUUCCAGAUGCGUAUGAGCGCCUCAUUCUGGACGUCUUCUGCGGGAGUCAGAUGCACUUUGUUCGCAGCGAUGAGCUUAGGGAAGCUUGGAGGAUAUUCACGCCUCUCCUUCACCAGAUCGAGCAAGAAAAGGUCUCCCCAAUCCCCUAUACUUAUGGAAGCCGUGGCCCCCCUGAAGCGGACAACCUCCUGAAGAAGGUGGGCUUUCGAUACGAAGGCACAUACAAGUGGGUUAACCCCCACAGGCUGUGAGGCGCUGGGCAGCGCGUGCGUAUGCGGCUGGGGGAUGGGGACUGGGUUUUGGCGUCCCUCCAAAAUAAAUCUUAAACAUUCUGAAAGGAAAAGUGCUAAUUUUCAUUUAACAAGCCGGGAAGACGUGCAGUGAUCCCUACUAUCAGGGCUUGCAUACGCCAGUUUAUUAAACAAAGGCAAAGGAGAGAUCUGAACGUUGACAGGAAGUGACAUCGGCUGCUGGUGUGCGAAAGCAGUGAGGGGUGGGGUGGUUAGGGUUUGAAAUUACUUGUUUGUUUACUGCCUGCAGACCAAAACACACUGGAAGUAACGCCUGCAUACCCACCCAGAAUUCACACGGGUGUCACCAGCUCCCUUCUGACAGAUUAGCGGAACUCAGAAUACGUAUCUGAUCACAUGAUUCAGUUCCAUCCAGUAGGUUUUUAUGAAGCUCGCUGUCAUGGUCUUGACCGUGAAAACACUGUGCAAUACAUGUGAAACAGAGAAGUUAAUGGCCCGGCGACUAAAGUGACAUCCUGUGUUCAGCUUGAAUGAUCAACACCAUCAGACCAAGCUACCACCUCACCUACAGAGUGUAUUAGGCCGGUGACUGUUUCUAGGAAUGAAAUUUGGUUACCAAUGAAGUCUGACGUUACUGUAAACCAUCACUACAGUAUCAGAUGACAGUAAACAGUGUAACGAGUAGGUACUUGUAUAUGUGCCACACUUUGCUCUGUAGUAAGCAUAGGGAUAAAAUAUUACUUCAUAAUCAAUAGAGAUGGUAAGAACAGUUGUUUUAAUUCUAGUUUGCUGGGGUACUGAGGUAACGCAGGAAAGUAUUAAACACAGUUAGGAUUUCUAGUGAUAGGAUAAAUCAGGGAACCGAGGAGUGGGAAUUAAAAAUGGAGGCUGGGGAGUAUGUGAGCGGAGGCAAGGCGGACAGCUGGCAUAAAGACUCCGGCCACCAGGGGCCUCGCUCCCUGCCAAAGCACCUCGGCCCACUCCGAAUCCCCUCGCCACAUCGGAGUCGGUCGCACGCCUGGGCCACAGAAGCGCUGCCCGCUUCCUGGCCACACGCCGCUGGCCUCUGUCACACCUCUGACGCCCAUGGGAUCUGUCACUGGCAACUGUGUGGCUGCAGUGUAUUCUGGGAAGUCACACCCCUGCUUCAACACGUUUUGUUACUGGUUUCUGGCUGUAAUCUGUAAUAUUCUUGCAUUGUAGAGGUUGAACGUUAAAAAUUUUUUUGUCUUGUACCAUAUUUUAUUCAAUAAAGCUGAAAGCUGAAA